AUGGCUAGAAGCGAAUUCCAUGAGGGCGAGUCAUCGACUGCUCAGCUCAAAGGCAAGAUACAUGACCUGCGCGAGGCACAGGAACGAACAAGACCCGAACGCGAAAAGCUCUCAAAUCUGGCCAAAAACGACUUGAAAGAAGCAAAACAACUCGCGCGGGAUUCGGCUAAGCAAAUCGAAGAUAUGCGCGAGGAAGACCUGGCUUCUCUGGGAAGAAGCAUCAAGAGGCACCUUGAGGACGCAAUAGACGCUUUGGAUCGGACACUGACGCAACUUGACAACGCAAGUCAUGUCCAGACGAGUACGGACAAUGGGGACACGGCGCAGAAAUUGGAUAUCAGACUAAGAGCAUUAGAGUUGGAGAAACAUGAAAGGGAGAAGACGUUGGCCGACAUGAGGGCGGCGAGGAGGGAAAUCGAGGAAGAAAUAGCUAAAUGGAGCGACAGCGAUCAGUCAGACAACUCGAUGUCAGCAAACGAAGCAGAAGAAUCUGAAUUCGAAAGCCACGUGGAUGGCGGUGGAAUUCAGCUUCCAGAGGAAGGCCACGCCUCGGAAACCGCGGCGCAGAACAUGUUGACUCAUGACACCAACGGUGCCGCAAAGCGUGAAACACAACCGGCGAAUGAAGCAGAAUCGCCGUGCGCGAUGUCUUCUGUAAGGGAAAGCUGGUCUGAUGACCCUGGGAAGAAUUCCGACGACAGCAACAAGUCGGAACUAGAGGGCUAUGAGGGGCAUGAAGAAGAACACGCCGUUCAGAUUCAAGGAAACCCAGCGGAGGGGAAACAGGAGGGGGGAAAACAGGAGGGUGGAAAACAGGAGGAGGGAAAGCAGGAGGAGGGAAAGCAGGAGGGAAAGCAGGAGGAGGGAAAGCAGGAGGAGGCACAGCAACAAGAAAGUAAGCAACAAGAGACUGAAUCCGAAGAAGAGGAUGAAGAAGAGAAUGACGACAAAAAGAAAAUGUCGGAAGAGGAUGUAAAAGGUUGGGAGAGAGACAAACGACACAGUAUUCGAAUGCAGAUGAUGUACAAGGGUAUUGAAAUCGGCGAAUCUGGAGAAACCAUCAAAGUGUUGAAAAGAAAGAUCGCACGACUGAAGCGAAAAUCAAACAGGAGUAACAAGAGGAAGAUUGAUGACGAGUCCGAUGCCGAAGAGGAUCUUGACCUGGAAGAAAUGAGAGCAGAAAAAGAAAACAAGCAAGAACUCAGUGAGUACGAUCGUCUGAGCAAAAGAAAACAAGCUUUGGGUGCAUUACAAGUCGAGAAAGCCGCCCUGGAAGUCAACUAUAGUGGGGCCUCUUCAGGAGAAAGGGCAGAUUUACCCAGGAUUGCGAUGAGAAUGCUCCAUCGAAUGCGAAGGUCCGAGGAACUAAGAGGUAAUAGAGACAGAAAAUGGAUGAUGGUCUUGGAUAUGAUGGUUCAUUUACACAGUCUGGACCAUGGGGAUGCUCCAAGAAGCAACUCAGAUACCUCGGACGACGAUGAUGAGGCCGAUGACACAGCCAAGACAGUUAAUCAGAAAUUCCUGGAGCUACAGGGAGAGAUGAUCAAGAAGACGCAGACUCUUGAAAAUCUCAUUGAGAGGAUUUUGGAACGUCUUCUAGGUCAUAGGCAAAUCUUUGAUCUCAGCAAAGUUCUGCGGAAAGAGAUGGAUUUAGAACACAAGUGGUUGGCACAUCUUGAGAACUCGGGAAAGCUCGACACUGCCGAGGACAGUCUAAUUUACGGGAAACAUGGCCAUCUUUUCACCGAUAAUCGCGACGAGGUCCAAAACAUGUACACGGAACUGAAGGGAGACCAGUUCAGAGUUUUCAUUCUGAUCCCGGCACCGGCGGCAUACUAUCCCAUUAUCUGCAAAAUGGAAACAUGGUCUACAGCCAGCCUCUCCCCAAGCGCGGGAGGUAGGGGAAAAGAGUACGCAGCGUUGUCGUACUUCUGGGACUCGGAAACGUACAACGGGCGACUCUACUUCGUCCACCCCGACCACGAUGCAUCGGUCAAGGAAAGCGAAUGGGGUUCAACAGCCAGGAACGCUGCACAAGUUCGCAUCCGGAAUAAUCUCUAUCGGGCUCUACUACGCCUUCGCCGAUGCGGGCGCGAUGCCCAGCCUAGCAAGACAGAGCAAUUAUCGAGGAUGGUCGAAAUCUACAGCGGAGCAAGCAAUGUUUGCAUCUGGCUCGGCGAGAGCGACAAUGAGGGACGGAGUGACGAGGCGAUGCAGUUUAUUUCCACCAUCAUGGACUUCGCCUUGCUGGAUCGUCACGCUCAUGAUGCCAAACAGGCCCGAAAGUGGUAUGCACUCAGCGAAUUGAUGCGAGAUCGUUGGUUCUCACAGCGCUGGGUGGUGCAGGAGAUCGCCCUCGCCAAACACGCAACUGUACAUUGCGGCGGAAGAAAAGUGCAAUGGUCAGACUUUGCAGAUGCGGCAUCUCUCCUGAUCUCCAACCAGGAGACCGUCAGUUCCCUCUUUGACGAUCAUUCAGAGUGGCGGGAGGGUCGCAAAACUAUAGGCGACGUUAGCACUUUUGGAGCUGCAAUUUUGCUUGAAGCGACAAACAACUUAUUCCGCCGAAAGCCAGAUGGUGAUAUCAAAAAGCCCAUCAAGACCAUUGAGUAUCUUGCGACUUCGUUGAAGACAUUCGACACGGGCGACCCUCGCGACCUGAUCUACAGUCUCGUGAGUAUUGCGAGCGAUACGGCCGGCGAACUGUGGUCUCCCGAAUCUGAGUCUUCUGCACCUACCCUCGUACUCGAGGUCGACUACCAAAAGCCUCAGGUAGUUGUGUUCAAGGACUUCACCAAGUUUUGUGUGGAUAUCUCCAAAUCUCUGGACAUCAUCUGCCGUCCAUGGGCAAUGCCCAUAACAGGGUCCAAGUCAGAUUCACUACCAUCCUGGAUCCCUCUGUUAGAAAACUCAGAGUUUGGCACUCCGGAGGAGGUCUACAGCGGGCGUAAGAACGGCGACGGUUUAGUUGGUCCUGCAGGAUCUCCAAACUAUCAAGCUUCAGGACAACUUGUGUGUCGAGUGGAGUUCAAGCUGGGGGGCGACUCGAGUCAAACCUCUGAGAGUCAUAUGGACACGGGCGUCAAUGAUACCACCGCGGAGCAAGACUCCGACCUGGGUCUUGUAGACACGGACGAUGUUCUUCUCGCCAAGGGUUUGAAACUGGCAGAGAUUACCGCAGUCUCACCGCGGAACACUGGUGGAGUCAUUCAUCGCGAGUCGUUGCAGAUGGGUGGCUGGGAAGGCUUCAAACGCGACACCAAUAGUGUCCCGGAUCGGAUCUGGAGAACUCUCGUGGCCGAUCGUGACCAGAAUGGUCACAUUCCCCCCUCGUGGUACCAAAGAGCCUGCUUGCGGUGUCUUGAGAUCGCCGAUACUUUCAACAAUGGAGAUCUCAAUGUCAGCGAGCUCUUGAUGGGAAAGUCGGAGAUGCUUCAGAAGUACUUGUCCCGUGUACGCAAUGUGACGUGGAACCGCCGAUUCUUCACUACAGAGUUGCCAGAUAGUGAAACUUUGCGAGAGAGAAACGGCGAAGAAAUCGAGGAGACGCUUUCAGCCGGGUUUCCUGUGGUUGCCACGACACGGGACAUUUCAGAGUCUGGAGAUGCCGAGUCAACGAGGUCAAGAGAAGGAAAUGAGCAGGAGGUGGAAGAGAACAUGCAUCAACAGGGUAUCGAGGAGGCAAGACAACUGGGAAUAGUCGGCACCAAACUCUCCGUUCUCCCCGCCCAUCAUCCCGUAAGGCUGGUGCACGCAGCGCUCCGAGACGAUGAGGUUCGCGAGAGGAACCUGACACUCAAAGUCUCGCACGAUUCCACAGCCUCCCCCGGAUUUCCCAUCACCUCUACUGCCAUUUCGGAUAGAGAACUCCCGGAUAAGCACCGGGUAGUGCUUCUCAAUGAUCUCAAUGUCUGUUGUCCGAGUGUUGAUCACAUGGACCUGGACUUCGGAGGCGCCAUGCUAAGUCAGACCGGCGCCAUCACCACCACAAAUAGUUUCACCGUAUCCGAAGCCGAACCCUUCGGCGCUACUGUCUUGGUAUUAUCUGGAGAACCGGCAGGAGUAACUCAGUUGCCAAAGAAUCCGGAACAGUUUAUGCAUCACUGA